UAUAGGUAUGAGUACAUUAUGGCAGGAUCGGUCACCCAGGCAAAACCAAGCCACCUCCAAGAAGAAUUGGCUCUGCCCCACUGAUCCGUAUAGAGCGAAGUAGCUGCCCAGUGAUCCCUAGGUAGCACGUCUGUUUGUUUAGUGUUCAUGCCGCUGCUGCCGUUUCUAGGACCGACCAUACCUCACCUGCACAGCUGCAUGGAAAUGGACCACGGAAUCGGUAUCGGAGGGCGGCUGCCGGAGACCCCACCGGAGCCGAUGGAGUUCCUGUCUCGGUCGUGGAGCGCCUCGGCUCUUCAAGUCUCCAAAGCUCUCCCUCCUCCUCCUUUUCCUCUUUCUUUUCCUCAUCCUUCUUUUCAUUCCAAGGCUGCCAGCUCCGCCACCAUUCCCGUCCACGAAGACCUCGCCGGAGAGUCCGAGGAGCCGGUCACCAUUGCCGGGAACCCCUUCUCUUUUGCUUCCUCUGCCACUUCUCAGCUCGUCCUCGAACGCAUAAUGUCGCAAUCAGAAGUGAACGCAAUUACGCCUGGGAGGUUAUCACACAGUAGUGGACCAUUGAACGGUGGGCAGAGCUGUGGAGGGUCUCUUACAGAAGAAACAGACAGCCCGCCAGUUUCUCCUUCGGAUGAGUUCGACGACGUCGUUAAGUUCUUCAGUGCAAACAACACCCUCCAAACCCAGUUCUUUGGCGGCCGGAGUGGUCCCGGCAGCGGCGGAAACACCCCUGGGGGUGGAGCUAGGACAGUUGGGAGGUGGUUGAAGGACAGGAGGGAGAAGAAGAAAGAGGAGAGCAGAGCUCAAAAUGCCCAGCUCCAUGCGGCUGUUUCGGUUGCUGGUGUGGCUGCUGCUAUAGCAGCCAUGGCUGCAGCCACAGCGGCUUCAUCUGGGUCAAGGAAAGAUGAACAUAUGACAAAAACAGACAUGGCUGUUGCCUCAGCUGCAACGUUGGUGGCAGCACAGUGUGUGGAGGCUGCAGAAGCAAUGGGAGCUGAGCGCCACCACCUUGCUUCAGUUGUUAGCUCUGCAGUUAAUGUCCAUUCUCAUGAUGAUAUCCUCACUCUCACUGCUGCAGCUGCCACAGCUCUGCGAGGGGCGGCGACCCUGAAAGCGAGAGCAUUGAAAGAGGUGUGGAAUGUGGCAGCAGUUAUACCAGUGGAGAGAGGGAUCGGAAAUGGUGUUAGUGGUAAUGCUAAUAACACUCAGCCUAAUGGUAAGAACAGCAGUGAGACCUUUCCCAGAGAGAAUUUCAUUGGUGUCUGUAGUCAAGAGCUGCUUGCCAGGGGCUCUGAGCUUCUCAAGAGAACUCGCAACGGUGAUCUUCACUGGAAAAUGGUCUUUGUUUACAUUCACAGAACAGGCCAGGUGAUGCUGAAGAUGAAAAGCAGACACGUAGCUGGGACCAUCACCAAGAAGAAAAAGAUUGUAGUCCUGGAGGUGGUGAAGGAUAUGCCGGCAUGGCCAGGGAGGCAUUUGCUGGAAGGUGGAGAGCAGCGCCACUACUUUGGGUUGAAAACAACACCGCGUGGAGUUGUGGAGUUCGAGUGCAGGAACCAGAGGGAAUACGAUAUCUGGACUCAGGGCGUUGAGAGGCUCCUCACCAUUGUAGCUGAGAGAAGGAAUAGAUACCGAGAACAAAAAUGAGCUACUACUCUGCAACAAGCGUUGGUUGCAGCAGGCAGUGGCAAUAGAUGAUGAUAGUUAAGAAUUAAGCUUAAGAGGAACUCAACAUGGCAGUAGCUUUCCUUGUUCUCUGUGUAAAAAAGGACUAGAAACUUAGAAGUAGAUCAGUAGUAGAGGUUAAUUUUAGGCUUGAAUGUGAAAGAGAAAUGAUUUUGAAUGAUUCUAAACCACCAUGUGGCUUGGCUUCUGGCACAAGUAUCAGUCAUUGCAUUA